AGUUGACGAUACUUUGUUGGAAGGAGGUACUUAACAAAGGAAUUCAAUGAAAUCAAAAAGGAAUUCGCCGCUUUGCGGGAUUUGCAAAGCAGUGAGGAGUUCCUUAGUGCCGAAUAUGACCGCGUAAAGUCUGAUUUGAAGGCCUCUGAAGAGAAGGUGAACUUGAUAAAUAAAGAAAAUGCAUCUCUGACGAGAACAGUGGACAAUCUUACAAGUAGACUGAAUCUCAUUGAACAGUAUUCUCGUGAAACGAAUAUCGGGAUCAAUGGCGUUCCUGAAAGCAAAACUGAAAAUUUGCUGACGAUUGUCAGUCAAUUGUGCUCUGUAGUUUCUGUUCCAUAGCCAGAAACAGAUGUUCUCACCACUACCAGAGUCAGAAAGAUGAACGAAGAUAAUGAUAGACCCCGAUCAAUUGUAGUAAAACUACAAACCACCAGGAAGCGAGAUGAAAUAUUGGCUGCUGUGUCAAAAUUUAAUAAAAAUAAUCAAGAUGACAAACUUAACACUUCAUCAUUGGGAUAUGGUGGUAAAAGGUCACCAGUCUACGUAUCUGAACAUCUUUCCCCAUAUAAUUAGGCGUUGCAUGCAACAACAAGAAGAAUAGCACAUGAAAAGAAUUACAAAUUUGUUUGGAUACGCAACGGAAGAAUAUUCGUACGGAAGGAUGAUAAGGCUCCUGCUAAAUUUAUCAAGAACUACGACUCUUUAGCUGGUUUAUAUUUAUUUUCUGUUUGUUUUUUAUUGCUUUCUGACCGUAAUUAAGUUAAAAAAUUCAAUCUUUAGUAUCAAAAUUUUAGAGGUAUGAAGACUAAGACCAAUGAUAUCAAAUAGUCUUCUUUUCUUGAUAACUAUGACAUUAUUGUUGGAACCGAGACAUGGUUGGAUGAUACGAUACACGAUAAUGAAUUUUUUGGAG